AGGACCCUGUGCCGAGUGGUUGCCCGGUGGCCAUAAUCAGCACUUGGAACCCAGUCGGGCAGUGAGCCUGUACACCAUAGGGAACCAUCACAGCCCAGAGGGUAGCAAGCCUGCUCGCCAGAGGAGGCAUCCAUUUUCCGUGGUGAAUCCAGAAGUAGUCUCUUGCCUUAAAGACCUUGGACCCAGGGAUCACUGGGAAGCCCCUCAACCAGCCAUUCAGCAAGGCCUGUGAGUCCUAUCUCUGUGUCCUGUACCUCGUCCUGACUGUGUUCCCAAGGAAAGUCAUCAUGGAUCCUACUGAGAACAGCCAGAGCUCCAACCUCCCUGACAGCACUCAGUCCCAAAGGGAGGCAAGGGGACCCGAGGGUGUCCAGGUCCCCUUAGCUGAGGUGGGGGAGGCUGAGGCCACUGCCACCUCAGGGGGUGUGUCUGUUGGGACAAUGUUCCGUUCUCCCCAGAAUGCUGUGAGAGCCUCCUCUCCUCCCACUGCCCUGGGCUCCAUUGCAGGGGCGCCAUCUGCUGAGGCCUCUCACAACCCAUUAAGAAGAAUGUCCAACUCAACAUUCAUCUCACAGGAUGUAAUAAAUAGAAAAGUAGUUAUAUUGGUGAGGUUCCUGCUCCUCAAGUAUCGCAUGAACCAGCUGACAACUAAGGCAGAAAUGCAGGAGAGGGUUACUCGUGAUUAUGAGAUGUACUUCCAUGUGAUCUCUGCAAAGGCCAUUGAUUGCAUGUGGCUGCUGUUUGGCAUUGAAGUUAUGGAAGUGGACCCUCAUGUCCACUCCUAUGCUCUUGUCCGUGCUCUAGGGAUCACCUAUGAUGGGAUGCUGCAUGGUGCUCUGGGCAUACCAAAGACAGGCCUGGUGAUAAUCAUGCUGUGCAUAAUUUUCAUAGGGGAAAAUUGUGUCAGCGAGCAGGAUAUUUGGCAUAUCCUGAAUGCCAUGGGGCUGUAUGCUGGGCGGGAUCAUUUCAUAUUUGGGGAGCCCAGGAGACUCAUCACUGAGCAUUUUGUGCAGGAAGGGUACCUGGAGUACAGGCAGGUUCCAGACAGCCAUCCUCCUAGCUAUGAGUUCCUGUGGGGUCCCAGGGCCCAUGCAGAAACCACCAAGAUGAAAAUCUUGUGUUUUUUUGCCAGUAUAGUUAGGCGGGAUCCCAGGUCCUACACUUCCAGGUAUGCGGAGGCUUUGAGAGAUGAGAUGCAGAGGAUCUAGGCCUGAAUCGCCCAGCAGAUGACACUACUGCCCUGAGUGGCACACAUGCUAGGGAGCUGGCAGAUUCCAACCAACACCACCAGAUCAGGCAGAGUCAGAGAUCUAAGGACUUGAACCCUCACCAGAAUGCUGGUGGAGUGACAGCAGGAAACAUUUCAUUCUUCUUGUUCUUAUUGGGUAACUUGGGCUUUCUUCUUAUUUCAAAAUGUUGCUAUAUUUUUACUAAAAGGUUCCCUAGUGGAGAUGUUUUAAAUUUAACAAUAGAAUUUGCAAUGUAGUUGUUGUUUAUGAAAAUUAGGUGUAUUUUAUUAUUUUGUACAAGAAGCUGUAGUGUCCUCUUCUAUCCAGCUUGCAACAUGUCACUGGAUACAAUGACCUUCAAAUGGAAUUUCCUGGAACAUUUCAAGUUUGUACAUUAGCAUGAAGAACAGAAUAAAAAUUUUGGG